AUGCUUCUAAACGUUCUUAGACUCCCUACUCAUGGUAGAAAUUACAAAGACAAGCAAAUCAUAAGUCAACUCUUACUCGUAAUAUUCUAAUUUUUAAUAGCAAAUGUUAAACAUUCAUGUUAGGAUUACAAAUAUUUUACUGAACUAGGUUCUAAGGAUCACGACAUGCUACUGACUAUGGCUAAAUACAUGCAUGUAGUAACAUUCAAACCGAAUGAAAGAAUGAAUAAGCUACCAUUCCAAAAAUUGGGCACUGGGACUUAGUAAAAUACAGAUUAAUUUAGAUAAGUUGGGGUGGUUAAUUCUGGAAAAUGGCUUUAUUAAUUGUCCCUUCAUUUGAAAAUACCUCUACAUGCUUCAUUUGUGACUGGUCCACUUGACACUGUGUAUUGCUUAACUCUGCCAACAGAAGUAUACAAUAACUGCAUUGCAACUUAGUUCAAGAAGGAGUUACAAGAGAAUAUAAAGUUUCUAUGUUAAUGUGGCUUUGGAAAUUUAAUGCAGCAAAACUAAAUUAUCCUAUUAGCAAGUAAAAUAAAAAGUUUUAAGGUAAAAAGUAAUACUAUUUUAUGCAAGCAGGACCAAAAAUGCAACCAUAUAUUCUUUAUCAAGUCUGGCAGUGUUAAAAUAAUUAGGGAUUUAGCAUUUUACUCAAAAUAAAAAUAUGAUGACUCAAGUAAUCCUAGUAUAUUUAAAGAUGAUCCAUUAAAAUUAACUCUGAAUGAGUCAAGUCAUCACUCCCUGAAUGAAUCCAUAUCAACUACUUAAAACAUAAAUAUAACUGACAAUCCAUACUAGCAAAUCAAAGUUUUCAAUACCAUCAAUAUGUAAAAGCCAGAAAUGCAUAGUAUUUAACUUAACUAGCUUGGCACAUAUUAAUCUUUUGGAGUUGCAUAUUCAGUUAAGGAUGAGGAAGCAAUUGAUAUAGUUCAUGGUGAAAUGCUAAGAGAAGAUUUUGAUAUGAAUGAUGCGUUGAACUACUCCGUGAUGUCAGUUAUGCCUUGCGAGAUGCUUAAAAUAAAGAAGAGAUACUUCCUAUGCUUUGUAUAGGAGAGAGCUUUGAUGACUUACAAGUCUAAUUUAGUUACAAUAUACCCUGACUGGACUCUAAGAAAACACUACCUACAAAAUGAAGAAUGGAAAAGCUAUAAGAAAUACUUUUUAUCAGAAAGACUUGAUGAGAUUAAAGUGUUGAAUAGUAAGAGAUUGAAAUACUUAUAUGGAAAUCAGAAUGCAAUCUUGAGAUCAGAGAGUAGUACAACAAGCGAUGGCUAGACAAGGCAAAUGAGUGAGUAUUCUGACUAAAAAGUCAAAGUGGAUCUAAGUUGUCUUUAGAGAAAUUAAGGAUUUAGCGCUAUACCUGCAGCUUUAAGACUUAGAGCUACAUCUUAAAGAAAUUUCAAUGAAAAAUCACAUUUGAGUAUUACAAGAAAUUAGACUAGUAUUCAGCCUCUUGCUAAUUCUGUUUAGCAGAAUAUUUUAGCAACUAUGAAUAGAAAAUACAUUAGAGAGUAAAAUAUAAUGAUAGAGAAUGUGAAGCUUAAAACUUCUAAAAACCAUUUCCUUGAAAACAAAGAUUUCUACUCUAAAAAGAGGCAAGAAAUAAAAUUUGCUCUAAAUCAGAACGAUAAAGCAAAUGAAGCAUACUAGAAUUUGCACAAAACUUUAAAUAAGCUUGUUGAUUGA